GUCCAGACGUAAAUAUGCGGCGGGCGGCGGGCGCGGCGCGACUCAAUGUAAACAGAGUCGCGGGGCGGUGAGGUUCUGUUGGAGGGCGGUCGGAUUGCAGCAUCAUUUCAGUUACCGGUUGUCGGUGAGGAAGGACGGCGCCGAGUCGACCUCUGACUGAGACCUCGAGUGACCCGUUGGACCGCCAUGAACACCCUGGGGAGACUGAUGGGGGUGACGCUGAGGGCUGCGGCCUCUCGACCUCACCUGACCUGUCGCGGAGUCGGCAUCGGACAGCGCCAGAGGAUGCUCUGCUACCAGCACUACUGCACCAUCCAGAGGGCGGGUUCGAGCGAGUUCUGGAAGCGCAAGAUGGUGACGCUGUUCCAGCUGCACGACACGGACGGGGACGGCCGGAUCGACUGGACCGACUAUGUGCGCGUACAGACGCGGCUCUGUCAGAACACCGAUAUCGGCAUGAAGGAGGAGGUCGAGGCCAUGCUCAACUUCCGGAGGCUGUGGGAGUACUGGCUGGGCGAGGUCAGCGACCCGCACUCCAGCAUCACCCAGGAGGAGUUCAUCAAGGCGCUACAGCACGCUAUCAACCAGCCGGCCUACAAGACCACCGACAAGAAACAGAUGCCCGUCUGGGCCUUCUUCUACAAGAUUUUCGAGAUGAUUGACACCAACGGAAACCGCAUCAUCUCGCCCCGCGAGUACAAGACCUUCUUCAGGGCCUACGGACUCUCAGACGAGAUGGCAGAGCGGUCGUUCCAAGCCAUCGACCAGAACAACGACGGCUUCCUGAGCAUCGACGAGUUCGUCAACGUCGCCAUCGACUUCCUGUACUCUGAGGACGAGAACUCGAUCGGGAAGGACUUUUUCGGCGUGCUCGUGGACGAGCUGCCGGAGACCGUGCGGACCAUUGACCCGCAACAGGUGGUCUCUGGUUGAACGGUAGGGGUCUGUCUGGGUCUGGUCGUAACUGGCUGACCCGCCCGUCUGUUAGUGAGAUGGUCCUGCGGCGGAGGUAGCUCCAGGCUCUGGAAGGAGUUUCUACUUGAGUCCUGGAGGGCCAACGCGCCACCAGCGAGAUGAUGGAAGGACCAAUGGAAGGACGGACAGGCGAGCAGGUCUGACAUGGCUCUGAGAGCUGUAUUUGUGGCGCCAGUCUGCUGCGUGUCGGUGUCUGAAACUCUGGACUGCUCGGCGACUGUGGGGAGAAUCCCCAGCUCCUCGACUGGCAAGCUGUGGUGAAGACUGAGGAUUGAGGACCACACAGUCUCACGACAGGACGCCGCACGUCGACAUGCAAUACAGAGUCAGGGACAGAACUGGCGGCCAAGGGCUGGAGAGAGGCGACCCGCGGGAGGUGACGGCAGGACUCGGCUGUGCCGCCGUGUCAGAAUCUGGAGACCGCACACAGCUGUGAGGGCGGUGCCGCGACAGACCAGUGAGCCGUCUGUCCUGCGGAGAGAGAGAGAGAGAGAGAGAGAGAGAGAGAGAGAGAGAGAGAGAGAGAGAGAGAGAGAGAGAGAGUCGCGGCUGCCGCAGCUCUGCUGUGUAGAACUGUGGUCAGCCGAGCCGCCAGGCUGUGUAUCUGUUUCUGUACACCGAUCUGUGGACUGACUGGGAGGGGCCGCGGGCCGCCGUCACCAUCAGACGGGACGGAAUGGCGAGCGGAGCCGCGACCCCGCGCUGUGAUCUGUAGCCUCUGGGCGGGUGCUGUAGCCUCCUACUGUGACACAACUCUGUUUGAUAAGUAAAUCAUGGACCACUGAACUGACAUCCCAGGCGCGGGGCUGCUGUUUUUUUCUUGCUCUCCUCCGGACGUCUGUCAAGUGGACAGAUUCCUGCAGGCAUGGGCCCGUUUUUCUGUUCUAACCACCUGGACUGAAGCAUCGUAUUUAUUUGAUAUUCUAUGGAUGUUGAAGUUUCUGGGUCGGUCUCGGGCUGCUUGAGACGGCUCAGCUCAAAGUUUGUGGGGCUCCCACGCAACCAGGUAACCACGCAACAAUUUAUUUACUUCUGCAUAUUAUCAUGGAAUGGUCAAUAAUUAUGGUAAAGGUAAAUUCAACGGAACGAUCUGUUAUGUCUUCCACACGGUCAUGGCGUUGACUUGUCGGCCCCUUGUAUAAGACAGUACUAACGGAAUUGGUUUUUAGCCCCGCAAUUGGUGGUGUGGUCGUUGUGUUAAUUACAUUUUGUACAUAGUGUAAUGAAUACUGGACUCUGCUGUGAAUACUACUGUGCGUAAUGGGAUGAUAAUACAAAUGUGAUGAAUUUA